AUGUCAAAAUCCAGACUGGCAGUGAUUGAUUUGGCGUUUAAAAAGUUGGAUAAGACAGGCGAUGGAGUGAUAACGGUCGAUGAUAUGCGAGGUGUUUAUCACGCCGAAAGGAAUCCGCAGUUCAUGUCGGGCGAGAAGACUCGUGAUGAAGUUUUCAAACAAUUUCUGAAAAAUUUCGAAGUUGGAGGGCACGUCGACGGAAAGGUACUAGUACAAGAGUUUGCUGAUUUGCUCAGAAUAAUUAGAUGA